AUGAGUCACAAUGUUCAUUCAUUGGGUCCGACGUGCGCAUUCUACGAAGAGGAUGACCCUGCCUCCCCGGGCGAUGGCCUAACACCACCGAGAGUAAAGGCACAGUUCUUUUACGUGUCUUCCCUUCCUAUCGACGACCCGCUGUCUCCUCUGCCUCCUGUCUCGGCCGACAAAUCUACAGAUUUCCCUCCGCAGCCCUUCUCAGUCCGGGACAAUGCGGCGCUCGAAGAAGCAUGGCAGGCGUUCCAGAGUAGUGGGCGCGGGACAAGGCGGCCUGAACCAGAACGUGGGAGGAAGAACUUCACCCGUGGAAUAUUCUCCUUUCCCGAUUUCAGAGAUUCUAGUGGCUCUUCCUCUGCGCAACGGUCUCCCAUGAAGGAUGGUUCCAAGUUUGGCGGUGGGUUAGGCAGACAAAAGCUGGCUGCAACCGAGAAAGAAGUCAUACUAGACCAAGUGCCUUCGAACUCGAGAAGCAACGCCGAACCCGUGGAUGCCCAAGAGUUGGAGGACAGCUCGGAUGACAACAACGCCGGGGCUCGGGAGCCGUCGAAGAACAAAAGGCAUUUCUCUCCUUUCCGCCAAAGGCACAAGAAUGGCAAAGCAAGUCGGGACAACUCACCCAGGGCCUUGAAAGACGGAGACCCACAGGUACCCUCUGCUCAAAGUACGGCACAAAUGCAGUCUGACAUUAGUGGCCGGCCCUUUGCUCGAGCGCCCAGCGGACGUAAUAUUACCUCGGGUUAUGCCAACGGUGCCGUGUAUGGAACUUCAGACGUAUCGGAAGAUGACUCCAAAGACCGAAGUCGGUCACGAAGUAUAGGUCGGUGCCGUCAGAAGAGAAAGGAAGAAGGCAAGGUCUUUGUACCUGUCGGGGUGUCCCGUUUGCAUUUGGUCGAAAUGCCCGAUCUGAUCAUGAAACCCAUCUAUUGGUCUCCGAUAAAUGACACCUCGAACGUGAUAAGAGCAACCUGGUUCUACAAAGACACAAUGCUACCUGUGCCGGCGGAAGUAGCAAACCGACUGGAAGUAGGCUAUGAGUAUAUGAUGCCCUAUGGCGCUUCUUACCAGGAGGAGCUCCAAGCCUGUAUUGAGAAUGGCGCCUCGGCUGAGAUGAAGGUUGUACAUAAGUUGUGGCCGGAUGAGCCUAAGGUCAGCAGCAGGCCAGGAACCGCCGUGGACAUGAAGGACAACAAGCUCGACACUCAUGAAGGAUUUGGCGAGGGCUUUCUCCCCGAGCGCGCCGCCAAUACUGCGGCCGACCCCCGGAAAGCCAAAGAUCGACGACUAUUCUCGACACACAGUGUAAUAUACCUUGACGCCAGAAAUGCGCAAAUUUUGAGGCCUAGUCUCCUGCCUUCCAUCAGCCAGAAUCGGAGACCUUUGAGUUCUUUGCGAAAAGGACGCCAAAUUGGCGUGGCUGUUGUUCGUGGCUUCGACCGCAAGGCGUGGCUCAAAAUUCAUCCUGAUCCAAAGAUGGAUGCUAAGGCUGCACACGCUAAGGUGGGAGCGUAUAUGUCUCAGUCAGGAGACGCUACUACUAGGGGGAGGAGAAUGUCUUGUCCCGCUUGCGACCAAGAUGCUAAAGCCCCGAAGGUGUCAGAUCUCGUGCUUGUCAUCCACGGCAUUGGGCAGAAACUUUCUGAACGCGUUGACAGCUUUCACUUCACUCAUGCGAUUAAUGGACUGAGGCGCGAGUUUAAUGUCGAACUGUCGUCCGAGGCCGUCAAGGGUAAUCUGAGAAAAGGCACUGGUAUCAUGGUAUUGCCUGUCAAUUGGCGCCUGACAGUGUCCUUUGAAGAGGAGGGCAGUGCUUGCAAGGAGAACGUGGAGAAUAGGUACGCAUUGAAAGAUAUUACACCAGACAGCCUACCAAGUGUGCGGUCUCUCAUUUCCGACGUCAUGUUGGACAUCCCGUACUAUAUGUCUCAUCACAAGGACAAGAUGACCUCGGCUGUCGUGCGGGAGGCGAACAGGGUCUACCGGCUUUGGUGUCGAAACAAUCCAGGAUUCGAAGAGUAUGGUCGAGUUCAUCUUAUUGCACACUCACUCGGAUCCGUUAUGGCGAUGGAGAUUCUCAGCAAGCAGCCCACUAAGCUUGGAAAGGACAUCAAGUUCGACACCAAACGGCCGAGCGAGAAGUUUUUUGAGUUCGACACCACCAACCUGUUUUGCUGUGGAAGUCCGAGUGGGUUUUUCUUGCUGCUCAAUAAUGCCAGUUUGAUCCCUCGCAAAGGACGAAACAAGCCUGGGAUGGAGGGUGAAGACAGACAGCCUGGAAUUGCCAGCGAAGCUAGGUAUGGUUGUUUGGCGGUCGACAACAUCUACAACAUUUGCCAUCGAAAUGAUCCCAUUUCGUACUUACAAAACGCCUCGGUUGAUCAAUUAUACGCAGCUUCCCUCCAGCCUGCGUCAAUUCCAAGUGCUAGUGUUGGCUUCAUGACACGGAUUGGCAAGAGCUUGCGGUGGGGUUCGACCUCGGCGUCUGACGCAUAUACGGCGGUGGUCCCUCCUACUCGACCGGAACUACAGCAUAUCCCGAGCACGGUUGAGCUCGAGACUCACAACUUCACCCGCGAAGAAGUGGCAGAGAAAAGGAUGUUUCUACUCAACGACAACGGUCAGAUUGAUUGGUUCCUAAAUUCAGGCGGCGGCCCUUUGGAAAUUCAGUACCUCAACAUGCUCAGUGCACAUAGCAGCUAUUGGAUCUUGCAAGACUUUGUACGAUUUCUUGUCGUGGAGAUUGGAAGAGAGGCAGGGAAACACCAUACUCUUCCGGCUUUGAGGGCAGUGAAGAAGAGAGAAUAUAAGAGAGGCGACAUUGAGUGA